AUCCCGGUGGUGGCGCUCCGUGCUGCCAACUCCGAGGCGCGUGAGUUUCCAGACGUCAGUGCGAAGAGACCACAGACACCCACGGAGCUGACUGGCUAGCCUGGGUGCUGUGCCCUACCUUCGACUGAGAAUUGUAGGAGGGGGAGUUGUUUUUUCCCUAUAGAAAUGAGGACUUGAGAAAACAAUAAUAACAACAAGAACGUUUGAUUCUUUCUCGUCGGUGAAUUGUGGCUGGAUUAAACGUCAUACAAUUACAUUAGCGUAGUGGAAGGAGUUGUAGGACCUUUUUUUUACAGACAUGAUCAAAGUUUAAAAUUUGUUUGAAAAGUUUGUGAAUUUGUUUAUCGUCCCCUAAACACCAUGGCGUUGGGGUCAAGAGAACGAAUUGCCAUGGUUACCCAAAAUUUGCUCAAAUUACUGCCCUUUUGCCUGGUGCUCAUGCAUGUCCCCUGGUCAAUAGGUGCCAAUGUUGACUUGCCAGAUGAUGCCGUUGAUGUCAUUGAGGCCUUUGAAUUCAGGUUCCUGACUUCCGAACAAGGUGUAGAGAAAGUGGCUGGCUUCUGCCCCAGGAGGGUUGUGUCCGAGGAGGCCGAGGAAGAAGGCUACGUGGAAGACCCCGCCUGGAGGAUCACUUCGGGAGAAACUAUACCUCACAAGAAAAUUAUCGAAGUGUUUAAAGAUGGAAUACCCCAGGACUUUUCUCUCAUUAUGACCCUGAGACCCGAUGAGGGAACGGAAGGAAAAGUGUUUUCACUCUACAGUGAUGCCAAGGCUCACGAGAUCAUGUCCUUUGAGGUGGGCGCAAAGAGCCAGUUCGUCUACAGUGACAUCCACGACACACCCGGGGAGCCAUUGGUCUUUAAUUUGCCAUUGAACGAUGGACAGUGGCACAGGGUAGCGCUUAGCGUGAAAGGCAAGUCUGUCACAUUGUUCAACAACUGCCUUCAGCUGGACACAUAUAAUCUAAACAGAACCUUGCCAGCCGAGAUGGAGACAGACGGACUCAUGUUUGUAGCAUUCCAGUUGACGGAAGAAACCAAAAGUUUUACUGGUGUUAUUCAAGACCUUAUUUUCUUGGCGGACCCUGGAGCAGCCUAUGAACAUUGCGAACGAUUUUGUCCAGACUGUGAUGUUGCACUGCCCUAUAUGGUAUCACAUACUAUUCAGAGCUCUUCUGGAUCUUCUGGAUCUAAAGUAACGAAAAUUAUCAAAACAGAAGUGGAAGGAUUAAAUUAUACAACUAGCGAAGGAGGAGAAGGGUCUAAAGUUACCUUGGAAUAUAAUGCUGCAGAACUGCGAGACGUCACCUAUAGAUCUGGUCCACCAGGCCCACCUGGACAGAGAGGUUCUCCUGGCCCACCUGGACUUAAAGGCGAGUCUGGCCCUGCAGGUAAAAGUGGUAUAGAUGGAAACCCAGGUAUUCAAGGUCCUCCAGGCCAUGUGUUUGUUUUCCCGAUGAACUGGGACAACAAACAGAGCAACCAGGCCGAACAGUUUAGAGUUUUAUUGGAUCAGCACAUGUUGGCCAUGAGAGGUGCCCCUGGUGCCCAGGGUAUGACUGGACUACCUGGCAAAGCUGGUUCACCUGGACCUGUAGGAGACAAAGGUGAUGUUGGAAAUACAGGUGAAAUGGGCCCCAUGGGACCAAUGGGUCUGCCUGGUCUACCUGGACCUAUAGGAAAACGUGGACGAGCUGGCAAAGAUGGUGAGCGUGGUGUGAUGGGUCUUCCUGGUGAUAAGGGUUUAACUGGAUUCCCAGGACAGCCUGGUAUGCCUGGUGAAAAAGGUCACAGAGGUGAGCCUGGUGUGCCUGGUGAGCCUGGGCCAACUGGUCAAGAUGGAGAACAGGGUGAUCCUGGUGAGAUUGGUCCAAUGGGAUCUCCAGGUGAAAUGGGUCCCAGAGGUUUUGUGGGUCCACGUGGAAGACCGGGUCCAAUUGGACCACCUGGACUGCCUGGCGGGGAAGGUCCAAUCGGUCCUAAAGGUGAUCAGGGACCAAUUGGAGGCCCCGGUGCCCCAGGACAGACUGGUCCAGUUGGACAACCAGGUCCUCCUGGUCCUAUAGGCCCUCUUGGACCUGCUGGUGUACCUGGAGCUACUGGAAAACCAGGUUUGCCUGGACUGCCUGGACCAAUGGGACCUGCUGGACUACAAGGUCCACAAGGUACUUCAGGAGCAAAGGGGGAUCUGGGACCUCAAGGUCAACAGGGUGUCAUAGGUUAUCCUGGUCCACGUGGUGUUAAAGGUGAUGAUGGCACACGAGGUCCUAAUGGAGAAAAAGGAGACAGGGGUGUUAUUGGUAAUGAUGGUUUACCUGGAGAUUUGGGAGAGAAGGGAGAGAAAGGACUGAGAGGACUUUCAGGCGCACCAGGACCAGAGGGUGUUGAAGGGCCAAAGGGUGACUUUGGACCACCAGGAGAAGCAGGUGCCCCAGGUGUAGCUGGUGAAAAAGGACGCAUUGGUGUGCCUGGAUUCCCUGGAUAUCCUGGACCUAAUGGACCUAAGGGAGAACAAGGCAGACUUGGAAGAAGAGGUCGUAGAGGUUUACGAGGAAAACCUGGUUUGAUUGGACCACAAGGUGAACAGGGUGAAGCUGGUGUCAGGGGUCAAAGGGGAGAAAGAGGUAAACAAGGCAUUCAAGGUCCACCUGGUAGCAAGGGUGACCCUGGCUCACCAGGACCACCAGGAUUUAGUGGAGAACAAGGCAUUCAAGGACCACAAGGACCACCUGGAUUGAUGGGGCCACCUGGACCAAAUGGUGUACCUGGUGAUAAUGGACAUCCAGGACCACCUGGCGACCGUGGAGAAGCUGGCAUUCCUGGUAAUCCUGGAUCACCUGGACCUGUUGGAGUUAUGGGCCCACCUGGACCUAAUGGUGAGCCAGGACCAGCCGGAGAUAGAGGUACACCAGGCAACCCUGGUCCCCCAGGUGAUACUGGUGUACCAGGAUCUGCUGGAAAGACUGGACCACCUGGACCUGCUGGACCUGCUGGUGUUGCUGGACCUCCCGGACCUCCUGGAACUGUUGGUGGACCUGGUGACAGAGGUUAUCCUGGACCCGAGGGUAAAGCUGGCAUCCCAGGACCUCCAGGACCUGAAGGACCAACAGGACCACCUGGUGAGAAAGGCUCACAAGGCUUACCUGGCAUUGCAGGCGCUGCUGGUUCAGGGGGUCCACCUGGCCCACCUGGCAAUCAAGGAAAAAGAGGAGAAAAAGGAAAUGCUGGUCCAGAGGGAGCCCAAGGACAACCAGGAGCACAAGGACCUGCAGGCCCAAGGGGCUACAGAGGACCUGCUGGACCUAUUGGUCCACCUGGCAUGAAUGGAGACAAGGGUGACCAAGGCCCACCUGGUGAAAGGGGAGAGAAAGGUGGCUAUGGACCUCAGGGACCCCCAGGCCCACAAGGACCAGUUGGCUUACAAGGACCACCAGGACCUCCUGGCCCUUCUGGUGACCCAGGUGUCAGAGGAGUUCAAGGAAUCCCAGGAAUGAAGGGAUCUGAAGGCCCCAGAGGUUUAGUUGGACCUGUUGGUCCUCAAGGUCUACAAGGUUUACCAGGAGGACCUGGUGAAAAAGGCAAUCAAGGAGAAUUUGGAAAGACGGGCCCCCCUGGAGCUCCAGGUCCACAAGGUACACCAGGAGUACCAGGAACACCAGGAACCCCGGGAGAACCAGGAUCUGUUGGAAAUGAUGGACCACCUGGUCCAAAAGGUGACAGCGGCCCACCAGGCUCACCUGGUUCAGCUGGAUCUGAUGGACCACCGGGCCCAGUGGGCUUGCUUGGACCUAAAGGAGAUGAAGGACGUCCAGGUGCACCAGGUGAACCAGGACCCAGAGGUGAAAGGGGAGAGGAUGGUGAAAAAGGACAUAUGGGACAAAUGGGACCCCCUGGACCUGCAGGAGAAGCUGGUGAACCAGGACUUAAGGGUGAAGAAGGAUCUCCAGGUAAAGAAGGUGAACCAGGAACACCAGGACCAGAGGGCCCUCCAGGACCUCCAGGUGACAUUGGACUUCCAGGUACACCAGGACAACAGGGAGAAAUGGGCCCACCAGGAACACCAGGCUCAGAUGGUAUCAUAGGACCCAAAGGUGACAGAGGUUUCCCAGGUAGCAGAGGAGAACGAGGUCAACCUGGCCCUGCAGGUGUUACUGGACCUCAAGGACCACCUGGCCCACCUGGACAACCUGGACCAGUAGGAGAGACUGGAGUGCCUGGGCCUUCGGGAACACCUGGAAAUCAAGGACCAGUAGGUCCACCUGGCCAGAUUGGACAGAAAGGAAGUCAAGGAGCUAAAGGUGUUAAAGGUCAUCAAGGAGCCAUAGGCCCAACUGGACCACUUGGACCACCAGGACCUAAAGGAGAGCCAGGAGCUAAAGGACCUGAAGGUCCCAAGGGUGACACUGGACCUCAGGGACCCACUGGACCACCAGGACCACAGGGUAAUGAUGGACAGCCUGGCCCUCCAGGACCAGAAGGACCUACAGGACCUAAAGGUGAACAUGGUGCAACUGGACCUAAGGGAGAGAUGGGACCUGUGGGACCACAAGGACAACCAGGACCACCAGGGGAAUACAUUGGAGCUGUGGGAGGACCAAGUGCUUUUGUCAGGCCCCAGGGUGAUGAGGCUGAAAGCGAGAGGAAGAAGAGGAAGAGGAGAAAGAGGAGGCGAAGGGCCACUGAGCCAGCCAACAUUGAUGAUGACCUUGACAGUGUCAGAGCUAAACUAAUUGCCAAACAACAGGGUGGAGCUAACAUCCAGGUGAGUGAGGUGAUUCAGGAAGUGUCCAGAGUAAUGCUCAACCACAUUGAUACCCUGAAGAAAGAAGUGGACAGCUUUAAAUUCCCUGAAGGCAAGAGAGAAAACCCAGCAUUGUCAUGCAGAGAAAUCAAACUGGGCCACCCCACAUUCAAAACAGGCUGGUACUGGGUUGAUCCCAAUCAGGGCUCUAUUGAUGAUGCCAUUCAGGUCUGGUGUAACAUGACAGAUGUUGUGGAGACGUGUGUAUACCCAACACAGAAAACCAAAUCAGCUCCAGAAAAGUUUUAUGAAAAACCCAAGAAGCAAGUUUUCUUUAAAGAUUUACCUGGUGGACUGAAUAUCCGUUAUGUAUCCAGUAUCCAAAUGAACCUGCUGAAACUUUUGUCUGAGAGAGCUGUCCAGAGAUUCACCUACUUCUGCUCUGGUUCUGCUGCCUGGCACAAUGACAAAACAAAUGACCUGAGUAAAGCCAUCACACUGCUAGGUGAUAAUGAGUAUGAAUUUGACACAGCCAAGUUUGAUAAGAAGAAUAUAAUCCAAGAUGGAUGUAAGAGCAUGGGACAGAAUAGCUUUACAACUUUUGAAAUUUCGACAAAAAAGCUAGAUCGACUCCCUAUCGUAAACUUUAGGCCUGUGGAUUAUGGUGGUUCUAAUCAGAAGUUUGGUUUUGAAGCUGGGCCUGUCUGCUUCCACUAGACACAGCAAUAUAAAGCCAAAGCUUCAUCAUCAUGUGUUGUUUGUUUUGUUUUACAAUUCUGUUAUUAAGAUUUAAUUAAAAUUUUGUCAAAUUUUGUUAAAAUAUCUUAAAAAGACUGAAAUUGUUUAACUACCAGUUAAUUAGAACACAGAAAGCUAAGAAAAUAUUUUGGUCUGAAAUUAAAAAAAAAAAAUUGGGGGAACACCUGAACAUUAUAACUUGGCUGCAUCUUUGCUCUUUUACAAAGAGUUUUUUUUUUAAUCUUUGUUUUGUAACAUGCAAUUUGUAUCUUUCAUUUUUAUACCAUAUUUUUUUUUAUUUACUUGGCAUUUAGUCAUCUUCAUGUUUGUUUUUUAAAAUAGAUUUGUGAUACAGUGAAUCCGUCCAGUCAUCUGGACUAAACAUUUUUUACACUGACACAAGAUUGCAUUUUAUGGUUGUUAUAUUUACCUUGUCUCUGGUCUAAAUGUAGAUAAUUAUAUUUUUUACUUAAUUUGUAGAUGUAAUUAUUUAGUUUACUUUUUUGUUUCUUUGUCCAAAGUGAAUGUUAUUUGUUCAUAAAAGAGGCCUAUUGAUUAGAGACUUCACAUUCUUAAUUUAAAUGAUCCAGCUUGGUGUUGACAAUCUGUCACUACAAUCUUGUGUCAGUGUGGGGAGUGCAGUCCAGUGACACAAUGUAUCAUGGCAUCAUUAGGCUCAGAUAUUUGUUGUGCUGCUGAAUGUAUGUAUUUCUCCUGUCUCUAGCAUUAAUACCAACUGGUUUCUCAACUAACUCUCAAAAGCUUAUCAAUUAUGUUUUCAAUUCAGUGAUGUUCUUUUGAUGUGCAGACUGUUUUAACUAGAGGAAGACUGUGACUAGAAUCUUACCAUUGUCUUUUUAGAAUGUAAUGAUCUAGAGAUAUUAAUAGUGUAAGAGUAAACUAACUAGAUUCUAAAAGAUGAACAGAUUUUAUUGAUGCAUGUAUACUGAAAUUGAAGAGUUAUGUUAGGGGUAAAAAUGUUUUUUGAUAGAAUAAAUCCACCACUGCCAUUGUAAGACAUCAUUGUAAGACAUCACUUUAAAAAAAAAAAAUACAUUUAGAGAACUAUU